AUGAAUCACUCGGAAAAACUCUUAAUUUAUGUCACUUUUGAUAUUUUUCAGUUGAAUGAAUAUGGUGCUGAAACAACAAUAUUAUACAUACAUAUCAAUGAAAAUGAGGUUCAAAUAGGUGAUGGUGAAAAUAUUUCUCUUAAAUUUCAUGAUUAUGAAGGUCCUCUCACAAUCCCUCCAAAUAUCGAAAAUAAACAUGUUACAUCUAUCGGAAACAAUGCAUUUUUCAAAUGUAAUAUUACUUCGAUCUCUCUUCCUGAUUCAAUCAAAUAUAUUGGAGAAAAUUCUUUUCGUGUUACGAAAAUUACACAAUUUAUUUCACCAUCAUCACUACAAACAAUCGGCAAUCAUGGCUUUGGAUAUAUCUCUUCUCUUAAAUUUGUUGAUUUAAGACCAUCAAAAUCUCCAAAUUUCGGUACUUACAGAUAUUUUUUUGGAUCAAAUAUUGAAAAUGUAUUGUUAUCAGAUGAUUUGACAGUAAUUUCAGAAGGAAUGUUCGGAUAUACGAAGCUCAAAAAUAUAACAAUAACUAAAAAUAUAAAAUCUAUUUCUAGCUUAGCAUUUUGGGGAUGCCAAGAUUUAGAAGAAUUUAUAUCAGAAAGUCCAUAUUUCAUAACAUUUAGUAAAGCAUUAUAUUCAAGAGAUUUAAAAACAUUAAUCGGCUAUCCAAGCAAUUCAUUUGUUGACAUAUUACCAACAACAAGAGUCAUUUCAGCCGCCAGAGGUUUUAGUGGUACAUCUUUUAUUAAAUUUAUAUUUAAUGUUUCGAUAUCAGUAUUGGAGUUAUAUUCCUUUAGAGAAUGUCAUAAUUUAGAAUUUGUUGAUAUGACUUGUACAAAAGUCAAAUCUUUAAAUGAAGCGACAUUUUAUAAUUGCUAUAAUUUAAAACAAAUUAUUUUACCCAAAACAUUAACUUUAUUAAAUAGUAAUUACAUAUUUGGACUUUGCCCAAUAGAUCUUUUAAUUUUAUCAGGAAAUAUUAUUUCUGCAGCUCACUGUUUUAUAGAUAGCAGGACCAAAGAAGUUGCAUAUUGUGGAAUUAAUGAUAUUCCUGGAACGCUCCCUGAUGAUAUUAUUGUUCAUGUAACAUCUCAUUAUCAAGGUGAAAAAUUUAUGAGCCAUUCGAUUUCAUCAAGAGAUUUUGUUUGCCCAUCAAUCAGUUGUACAACUUUGAUCACCGAUAUUGAUAUCUUUGCUUGUCCUUCUAUUGAAGUAUGUUUUAACCUCAAUAUACCAUUAUCAUUAAUUUUUCCAUUUUUGUUGCUAUAG